CUAGAGCUGAUGCAGAUAUAUUGUAAGCUGCUGUAGGAGGAGUCCUGUCCGCUGUGGGCAGGGUUAGGGGUGUUUCAGGCAGGAAAUUGGAGGCAGGAGAAAGAUCACAUGAGAGAGCAGUUGACAGAUUAACACACAUUCUCUCUGGGGCUUCACUCCUAUACACCAAGUGCUAAAGUGCUACCAGAGCUGGUCAGAGGCUGAAGACAGACAGCAGGAACCUGGAAGCAUGAAUAUGUCACAUGAGCACCACAACCACGGCACCAUGGCACCGUCAACCACUGGUUCCCAUGGUGACCAUAACCAUGGUGAUAUGGAGCAUGGGAUGUCAAUGCAAAUGACUUUUUAUAUGGACUAUAAGAAUGUGGAGCUGCUGUUCGCUGGUCUCGUCAUCAACAGUCCAGGAGAGAUGGUGGGAGCGUGCAUCGCCGUGUUCCUGCUGGCUGUGUUCUACGAGGGGCUGAAGAUCGGACGGGAGUUCCUGCUGCGGCGGAGCCAGGUCAGCGUUCGCUACAAUUCCAUGCCAGUCCCUGGGCCCAAUGGCACCGUCCUGAUGGAGACGCACAAGACCGUGGGGCAGCGGAUGUUCAGCAUGCCCCACCUGCUCCAGACGGUGCUGCAUGUGAUCCAGGUGGUGGUCAGCUACUUUCUCAUGCUGAUCUUCAUGACCUACAAUGGCUUCCUGUGUAUUGCUGUGGCGGCAGGGGCCGGAACCGGGUACUUCCUGUUCAGCUGGAAGAAGGCUGUGGUGGUGGACAUUACUGAGCACUGUCACUAACUGACCCCUAAGCCCUGAGCCAACUCCUGACUGGACGUCCACCUCAAAGCCAGCCUUUGCCAAGACCCGCUGACCCUGUGACCUCCCUUCUCUGAUGUCCAGAGGUGGGAGCGGUCAGGUUGUCGCCACCCUCCUUAACGGUUGUCUCUCCUGAUGCGGCAGCAGUCGGUGUCCUGGCAGCUCAGAGGGAAGCGGUCUCCUGGGUCUCAUUCCUCUUCAAUACUUAAAAGACUUUAAUGAGCCAUUAUUCAAUUCAUUAGGCAAUUUGAAUACUUUCACCGCGUAUUACGUUUGAAAUUAAGUUAUUAUAUGAUUAUGUAUUCAGGAGUUUCCUGAAUUCAGGACAAGAUGGCGAGAACACAAAGCAGCUGGUGACAAUGAAGAACCUCUACCGACAGCCGUGCCUGUGAAACCGGAGCUCUGUGGGCCAUUUGGCGCCAGUACCGCCUCCUGUGGGUGUCCUUCCAGCAGGAGCCCCAUCAGGUCCGAUCUGAUCUGCCUGUAGCUGCCAGCGUGGGGAGAGCUGUGACUCAGCCGACAGUCCCACCUUAUUGGUCCUGCGCGUGUACAGUCCACCCUCACCUGGCAGUGUCCCCCCACACAUUUCUAAAUCCCUCCCCCACAGCCCAGCCGGAGCUCCAACCCCCAGCCAGGCUGAUACAGCUGGUUUCACCGGGUCACCAGCAAAUCAGCAGCCAUGAUGCAGCUGAACCAGGCUCCCUCGACUAGCAUUGUGCCUUAGCCUGAAGCCCACAGCAGCCUGUGCUGCUUAGCAACGGGAGUGUUCUGCGUUACUGCUAAGUGUUCUCGUUUCCUUUUAACACUUCACACUCAGCAGGCCAGCAGGUGCAGAACAGCCCAGGCUGCACAGUAGCCAGUCAGACUCCCAACCCAAGCCUGAGCUACUCCAGGGUGAGUUUCUAGUUACAUGAACUUUUACUGUAGCACGGAGUGCCUGUCGACGUCUCCAUCAGGAACCGUCUCUGAACCCCUCCAUGGCCACUGGGCUGCAGAAGCAUAUUAACUCCAGUACAUGAAGUAACGUGUAUUAAUCAGAGUUGCCGUCCCUCCAAAUGUUACUGCACUGUGGCCUAAUUUAAAUUUAAACCCAGAGCAGCCUUGCUGUGGCGACAAUCCAGGAUGAGUGAGUUGUGUUGCUCCCAGGGAGACCAGACUCGCCAAGACGUUUGGACCAGCAGGGGGCAGACAGUUCUGGCAUUCUGGGUCACUAGUUAGUGUCAACAGAGCUACACUCUGUCUCUACAGAUUCAAACUUUCAGCCUCAGAGGACACUCAGUCCAGGAGUUUCAAAAUCAAGCCGUUAACUGCAGCUGCCCCAGAGACAGGCAGCUGCUUCUAAAGGCAUCAGAGUGAAGUGCUGAGGCUGGAGCUGUUCAACCUUUAGCCCUAUACUCUGCUCUGGCCUGGCAGGCAGGGGGGCCUGCAAGUCUGGGGUUUGAGCAACACUCUCCAGGCUUAACUCUAGAGGACCAGCAGGCAAGGUGACUGUCAUAUUGUGCAGAUGAACUUAAGAUUCAUGUGUCACUUUAUUUUUAAUUUUUUUUUUAAUUGCCAUGUGCCGUUAAUUUUUAUUGUACCAAAAGCCUCGAUAUGAUGUGUGUUACCAAGGUGUGGAUUGUACCAGUUCUGGGGGCAAUACAGAGCAGGAAUCCGGAUUCCCACUGCACAGUUCAGCAGCUGCUGGCUCUUGUAUGUAAUCCAGCACACAAGAAACAGGACAUUUAAAAGUACAAAGUACACUGCUCCGAGUGACUCUAUGUGGGCAGGAAUGAGCAGGCGACGUGUUCUUUGCUCCACCCGUGUGAUCCGAUAAGCACCUCGCAAGGCUCCAGCUGCUGUGCAGUGACAGUCCGGGUUCCAGCUCUGGGAUCAGAACCAGUUCGGUGAACCGCAGUCCCGGCUUAUCAGCCUGCCAGCAAUCAUCUACAGUAUGUGCUCAUAUCUACUUGUACUGUUGUAACCAAUCAGAAGGUAACUGAUCAAUAAAUGGUACGAGAAAGCUGA